AUGGCGACGACUACAGAGGGGACGGCUGCGGCCGGCUCGAAGCCAUUUGACAUCGUUGCGACGUAUAAUGAGCUCCUACGCUCCGACCCGGACAUCACCAUGCCCAUCGCCGCUAUUGAAGCACUGGUGCAUGUCCUCACGCACUCCCCUUCCUCUACGAUUUCCGAAACUCUAGAUCUGCUAGAAAAGUCCACUGCCCACCUGAAACGCUCGAUUCCCAACCCUAUUGGUCUUUCAGCCGGUACCGAUCUCUUCCAGCGCUACUUGAUUACUACACUACAACGGCCGGGCCAACUGGGUCCUGCUGGAGACUUUAAGGCCAUUCGUACACACCUUUUGUCAAAUGGCCGAUUAUUCAUCCGGCGUGCGAAGGAGAGCCGACAGAAGAUUGCUGCUUUCGGCCGCGGCUUCAUUCGCGAUGGCUGCACGGUACUCACUAACGGUGGUUCCAGAGCGGUUGCAUCGCUACUUCAGAAGGCGGCAGAUGAGGAGGGCGGUCCCUCUGCAGUUCGUUUCCGGGUGAUUUAUGUCUUGUCUUCGAUUAGCCAGAACAUCGAGGAGCCGUCUGGAGAACCCGAGGGUAUGGAGACGGUACGCGCCUUGCGAGCCAAGGGUGUACCAGUCUCCACCAUCCCGGAGUCGGCGGUAGCAUAUGCCCUUGGAAAGGCUGAUAUGGUCAUCGUUGGUGCAGAAGGUGUCGUUGAGAAUGGAGGAAUUGUGUCCCGUAUGGGCACUUAUCAGAUUGGCCUUCUUGCCAAGGCGAUUGGAAAGCCGUUCUAUGUAGUGGCUGAGAGCCACAAGUUCGUGCGUCUUUUCCCACUGGGACAGUACGACCUUCCUAUUGAACAGCACGUUGUUGAUUUCAAGUCCGCGGACGACAUUGCCGAGGAUAAGAAGAAGCAGCAGAACCCUUCGGGUGAUGCCAAUGGAGACAAGCCUAUUGAGCUACCACUCUCCGAUUCGGUGGAUUUCACACCACCGCACUUGAUCUCCGCUCUGAUCACUGAUAGUGGUGUCCUGACUCCCAGCGCUGUCAGCGAGGAGUUGAUCAAGAUCUGGUUCUAA